AUGAGCGAGAGGAGCGAGAAGAGAGAGGAGCGAGAGAAGCGAGAAGAGAGAGGUGCGAGAAAAGAGAGGAGCGAGAAGGGAGAGGAGCGAGAAGAGAGGAGAGAGAGGAGCGAGAAGAGUGAGGUGCAAGACGAGCGAGAACAGAGAGGAGCGAGAGGAGGGAGAAGAGAGAUGAGCGAGAGGAGCGGAAAGAGAGAGGAGCGAGAAGAGAGAGGUGCGAGAAAACAGAGGAGCGAGAAGAGAGAGGAGCGAGAGGAUCGAGAAAAGAGAUGUGAGAGAAAAGAGAGGGGCGAAAAAAGAGAGGAGCGAGAAAUGAGAGGAGAGAGAGGUGCGAGAAAAGAGAGGAGUGAGAAAAGAGAGGAGCGAGAGGAGCGAGAGGAGCGAGAAAAGAGAGGUGUGAGAGGAGUGAGAAAAGAGAGGAGCGAGAAAAGAGAGGUGCGAGAGGAGCGAGAAGAGAGAGGAGCGAGAAGAGAGAGGAGCGAGAAGAGAGGACAGAGAGGAGCGAGAAAAGAGAAGCGCGAGAACAGAGAAGAGCGAGAGGAGCGAGAAAAUAGAGGAGAGAGAGGAGUGAUAAAAGAGCAGAGAGAGGAGCGAGAAAAGGGAGGAGCGAGAAGAGAAAAGGGCGAGAAGAGAGGAGAGAGAGGAGCGAGAAGAGAGAGAGAGAUGAGCGAGAGGAGCGAGAAGAGGGAGGAGCGAGAAGAGAGGAGAGAGAGGAGCGAGAAGAGAGAGGUGCGAGAGGAGCAAGAAGAGAGAGGUGCGAGAGGAGCGAGAAGAGAGAGGAGUGAGAGGAGCGAGAAGAGAGAUGAGCGAGAGGAGCGAGAAGAGAGAGGUGCGAGAGGAGAGAGGAGCGAGAAGAGAGUGGAGCGUGAAGAGAGAGGAGCGAGAAGACAGAGGGGCGAGAAAAGAGAGGAGCGAGAAAAGAGAGGAGAGAGAGGAGUGAGUAGAGAGAGGAGCGAGAAGAAAGAAGGGCGAGAAGAGAGAGGUGCGAGAGGAGCGAGAAGAGAGAGGCGCGAGAAGAGAGGAGAGAGAGGAGCGAGAAAAGAGAGGAUCGAGAAAAGAGAGGAGCGAGAGGACCGAGAGGAGCGAGAAAAGAGAGGAGCGAGGAGAGCGAGGAGCGAGAAGAGAGAGGAGCGAGAAAAGAGAGGCGCGAGAAAACAGAGGAGAAGAGAGAGGAGAGGAGAGAGGAGCGAGAAAAGAGAGGGGCGAGAAAAGAGAGGAGAGAGAAGGGCGAGAAGAGAGAGGUGCGAGACGAGAGAGGAGCGAGAAGAGAGGAGAGAGAUGAGCGAGAAGAGAGAGGAGCGAGAGGAGCGAGAAGAGAGCGAGAACAGGAAGGAGCGAGAGGAGCAAGAAAAGGGAGGAGCGAGAGGAGCGAGAAAAGAGAGGAGCGAGAAAAGAGAGGAGCGAGAAAAGGGAGGAUCGAAAAAAGGGAGGGCGAGAAGAGUGAGAAAAGAGAGGAGCGAGAAGAGAGAGGAGAGAGGAGCGAGAGGAGGCGGAGCGAGAAAAGGGAGGGCGAGAAGGGCGAGAAAAGAGAGGAGCGAGAAGAGAGAGGAGAGAAAAGAGAAAGGAGCGAGAGGAGUGAGAAAGAGAGAGGAGCGAAAAGAGAGAGGAGAGAGAGGAGCGAGAAGAGAGAGGAGCGAGAAGAGAGAGGAGCGAGAAGAGAGAGGAGCGAGAAAAGAGAGGAGUGAGAAAAGAGAGGAGCGAGAAAAGGGAGGUGCGAGAGGAGCAAGAAAAGGGAGGAGCGAGAGUAUCGAGAAAAGAGAGGAGCGAGAAGAGAGAGGAGCGAGAAAACAGAGGAGCGAGAAAACAGAGGAGAAGAGAGAGGAGAGGAGAGAGGAGCGAGAAAAGAGAGGGGCGAGAAAAGAGAGGAGAGAGAGGAGCGAGAAGGGCGAGAAGAGAGAGGUGCGAGACGAGAGAGGAGCGAGAAGAGAGGAGCGAGAUGAGCGAGAAGAGAGAGGAGCGAGAGGAGCGAGAAGAGAGCGAGAACAGGGAGGAGCGAGAGGAGCAAGAAAAGGGAGGUGCGAGAGGAGCGAGAAAAGAGAGGAGCGAGAAAAGAGAGGAGAGAGAGGAGCGAUGAAAGGGAGGAGCGAGAAAAGGGAGGUGCGAGAAAAGAAAGGAGUGAGAAAAGGGAGGGCGAGAAGAGAGAGGAACGAGAAGAGAGAGGAGCGAGAAGAGAGAGGAACGAGAAAAGAGAGGUGCGAGAAAAGAGAGGAGCGAGAAAAGGAAGGAGCGAGAGGAGCGAGAAAAGAGAGGAGUGAGAAAAGGGAGGUGCGAGAAAAGGGAGGAGCGAGAGGAGCGAGAAAAGGGAGGAGCGAGAGGAGCGAGAAAAGAGAGGAGCAAGAAAAGGGAGGUGCGAGAAAAGGGAGGAGCGAGAGGAGCGAGAAAAGGGAGGAGCGAGAGGAGCAAGAAUAG